CCUGCGCACGAGGAGGGAGGAAGAAAACAAGAGCUCGAGACAGAGCCAAAGUCCGACAUCAUGAGGCUCCUGGUGCUUUCUGCUUUGUCCUGCGUGUGUCUGGCCCUGUGUCCGGACCUGUGUCCAGCGGCUCCCGCGAGAUCCAUGCCUCCUGAAGACCUGGAGGCGUCUGGAGAUGACCUGGAGAUGGACCUGGACCUGGACCUGGAGGGCUCAGGCUCAGGCUCAGGGGAAAAGCAGGAGACAGUGAUGGUGGAGGAAAAGUCCACUAACCAGGGCUCUGGUAGAGAACACCCAUAUCCAGCAAUCCAUAAAUAUGAAGAAGCUGAGCCGGAGCUUGAAGGUCCCUGGGACAGAACGCCCAUCAUGGUCCAGUCCAAGAGCAUCAUGGAAAGCAAAGAAGUCCUCACAGGAGUGAUUGCUGGAGGACUGGGGGGGCUGGUGCUGGCUGUGGUGCUGGCGGGUUUCCUCAUCUACAAAUGGCAGAAGAAAGACGUGGUUCCAGGAUACAGCCCGGCCAGCAGGAUAGUGACAGGGCAGGACCACCUCCGAGACCAGAAGGAGGCGCUGCAGGGAGAAGACGUAAUACUCGUAUGACCUCACUGUACUCUCUGCCUGCUGCUGCUGCGGUACUUUAUGACAAGUCAAUGUGUCCCACUACUAGACGCUAGGGCUAUAGUCGAUUAAAGAGGGGGUAUUUUGUAAACUCCACUGUCUGGAACUUUCUACCAUGUUAUAACAAUUCCCUUAUCAAAAACAUGCCUGAAGAGGGUUUAUAUGUCAUCCAUGCAUGUUUAAAUAAUCUAGUGAUCUCUCCCAGGCCACAUUUCAACCUAUCUUAUAGUUAACUGCAAGAUUCUGUGCAAGGAAUCGCCCACAUGCCUACAUUACCCAUGUGCCCACAUGACAAUUUCCCAGAAAUAUACAAAACAGUACACAGCAACUUGACAAACCUGAUGUGAUGUGCAGUAGUUUCAUUAUCAGAUGCUCCUGAUUGUAAUGUGAUAACGCUCUGAAAAUAGUAAAAGAUAACAUGGUGAUGUAAGUAUGUUUAUGUGUAGAAGUAAAAUAACCCCUAUUUAAAGACGUGUGCUGCCAUUUGACUGGUUGACUAAAAAUGGGGCGCUGCAAAAGCUCUCAAAACUAUUCCCUUUGUGUAUCUGACCCAGACUACACCUGCAUGCACUUAUAUAAACACAGAUUCCACUUGUGAAUCAUGAAUUUAAUCUGACGUUUUACUUUAUAAAUAACACAAUAUACCAGAUCUUCAGCUCACUCACACUCUUCUCCUUUCUGCUCUUGUCCCAUAUAAAGCCUUCUCAGCUAAACAGAAACAUGUUUAGUCAACUAAGACAAAGUUUGUGCUUCUAAGACUCGAUUCAUCAGCUGAUGAAUCGACUGAAGGACUAAAGCCCUACUACAUCUGUAAAUAUGUUGAUUAUUCGAAGUGUAAUUUAUUAGAAAACGUUGAUUGAAAUGCGUAUGUUUUAUCCUUGUAUGUGUCAUGUGUAAAGACUGUUUCUGUUCAUGAAUGGUUAACCUGUACAAACACAACUGCAUCAGUGAAAUGAUUAAGCCUUGAAAACGCGUCAAAUGGAUUAAGUAUUUCUAUUUCAUUGUUUUGUCUGUGCUCUGUAGUGAAUCUGGCACGCUUGAUAAUCCCAUUAUUAAAGGUCCUAUAU